AUGUUAGCCGCCCUAAAUCGAUUCAUCUCCAAAUUCGCGGAUUGCUGCAGACCGUUUUAUCAACUUCUGAAGAAAUGGAAGGGGUUUCAUUGGGACGAGGAAUUCGACAAGGCCUUUCGAGAACUAAAGGAGUACUUGGCAAAAGUGCCCAUGCUAACAGCCCCGGAGUUCGGGGAGGAUUUGUUUAUGUACCUCUCAGUGUCUGACCAUGCCGUGAGUGCUGUGUUACUAAGGGACCAAGGAGUACAGCAGCCAGUGUAUUACAUAAGCAAAACCUUAGUAGAUGCCGAGACGAGAUACCUGCCCCUUGAGAAGCUAGUUUUGGCACUAGUGCACGCCACGAGGAAGUUGCCGCAUUACUUUCAGGCUCAUACGGUAUUCGUCCUCACCGAGUAUCCCCUGCAGUCGUUGCUAAAGAGAUCGGACUUCACGGGCCGAAUAGCCAAAUGGGGAACUCGUUUGGGUUCGUUUGACAUAAGGUACCGACCGCGAAGCUCGGUAAAGGGACAGGUUCUUGCUGAUUUCAUUGUAGAAUUCACCCCUAAGAACGACGGGAAGAUGAUUUGUAAUGCGGAGCGUCGUCCGUGGAAAGUGUUUGUAGACGGUGCUUCGAAUGCUAUGGGGGCCGUAGCUGGUAUUGUCAUAAUCACCUUGGAGGGCAUACGAUUAGAACACUCCUUCAGAUUAGGAUUCAAAGUCUCAAACAACGAAGCCAAGUAUGAAGCCUUCCUGGUCGGGUUGAGGGCCGUAUUGCGUUUAGGCACGAAAGAUGUUGAGAUUUAUUCAGACUCUCGACUGGUCGUUUAUCAAAUCAUAGGAAGCUUCGAAGCUCGGGACUUUCGGAUGAAAGCCUAUCUGAGUGCGGCUAAGCAGAUCAUUGGCCGGUUCAGGACAGUGAAGGUAGCUCAGGUAGGUCGAGCACAAAACAGACAUGCCGACUCGCUGGCCACGUUGGCUUCGUUCUCUACCGAGAAUAUACCUCGGUUGGUCAAGAUAGAGCUUAUAAGGGAGCCAAGCAUCGAGGUGAAAAGUGAUGACAACCUGGCUGGGGUUGAAGUUGCCAUGAUGUCAAUGGCAAAUCCGUGUUGGAUGAACCCGAUCAUAGACUUCAUAGCCGAGGAUAAAGUUCCGAAUGAUGAAAAGGACGCCAAAAAGAUUCAUCGGGUGGCUUCCCGGUACUGGCUGUCGGCAGAUCGCAAGUUGUAUCGGAGGUCUUUCGCAGGCCCUUACCUUUUAUGUCUACAUCAUAAGAAAGUGAACGAACUUCUGACCAAGCUACAUGAAGGAGUGUGUGGUGGCCAUGUCAGGGGACGAUCUCUAGCGCACAGGGCCAUGACCCAGGGGUUUUGGUGGCCACAUAUGUAG